AUGUCAUCAAUUAAACAUAAUAAAUUUAAGCUCAAUCUUGUUGAAUCUAAUACUGAAAUUGAGGCCCAGUCACUUACAUCUAUUACAUCCAGCAAUCUUCUAUCAGAACAUCUAAAUGCACAAACACAUCAUGAAGUUUUAUGUCUUAUUUGUCCUAGUAAUGAAAAAAAAACUUGGCUUCGAAAAAUUAGUGAUUCCAAUACAACAAAUCUUUGGCAUCAUCUUAAAAGUUAUCAUCCAAAUAAUGAUCCAAGAAAGAAUGAUAAACCUUUAAAUAAACAUUUUCAACAAAUAAUUAAGUUAUUAAAUCCAAAUACACAUGUUCCUACAGACAAUACAGUAAAAAAUGAUAUUAUGAGUAACUUUGAAAAUGAGCAUAUGAAUAUGAAAUGUUUGCUUCAAAACGUUCCAGAAAAGCUUUCAUUCACAAUUGAUACAUGGACAUUAGUAAAUGUUGAUUUAUUUUUUGGCAUCACAGUGCAUUGGAUUUCAGAAAAUUGGGAGCUUAAAAAUACUUUAUUAGAUUUUAUUAACCUUAGUGGUCCUCACUCUGGAGAAAAUCUAUGUGGUGCAUUUGUAGAAAGCUGUUACGAAUUUGGAAUUUUAACAAAGGUUUUUGCAAUUAUGAGUAACAAUGCCACAAAUAACAAUACUUUUAUGAAACAUUUGGAACAU